UUUGCCAUGAAAAAUCCAAGACCGUGGCAAAAAAGAGUAUUUUACAUGACGAUUUGUCACCCGUCGUUUUUUUUUUUUGGAAUUGUUUAUAUUUUUUGCGACGCUAUUUAUUCCUCCGUCGAAAAAAAAACUCUUUUUGCUUCCCUCGCCCUUCGUCUUUGCCCUGUCUUCCAUAUACCCUUUCAAUAUCCUCUUCUCAGAUCAAAAAAAAAAAGGAAAAGAAACUGUCUGCCUUCUCCUAGUCGUCUCUUUCCAUCUCGGAGCCCCAACAGCACUAGCGUGAGAUACCCUCCUCUCCUCUCCUUUUCUUUCCUCUCACACUCGCUCGCACAGACCCUUACAAUCUCUCUCUCUCUCUUUCUCUCUCUCUCUCUCUCUCUCUCUCUCUCUCUCUCUCUCUCUCGCGUUAUCCUCACAGUCUGUCUGUAGCAGCGGCAGCGACUUCUCACCGGUUCUCGCUCCGACAUCCAGGUAUCUCUCCUCUGCUGUUCUCUCCUCUUUUUCUCUUCUUUUGCCUUCAUUGGAAUCAAACCCUCUUCAUUGGAACCCUAGAAAGUGGUGCAGAGAUUAGAGAUUGAGAGAGGGGGGAUUGGAACCCUAGUUUUAAAUCUAUAUAAAACUUAAUAUUGGCAUAUUUAUGGCUUAAAUUGUAAAUAGUGAGAGAUGAGAAUUAUCUAUUUCAAUACUUAAUUGAAUGUAUUUUUAUGGACUCUGGUUUUUUUAUAUAGAUUUAUAAAAAACUAGAGUCGUCCAGAUUCUGAGGAGAAGCCAUGGCUUCUUAUGCUAGUGUUAGGCAAGUCCUCCAGCCCAAAUGUACUAAAUAUUCCCAAUUUCAAUUGAGCCCAUCUUGGGUUGUUCCUUGCUUACUUGUAUUCAAGACCAAGUACAUCGGUCGCUUCUCCAGGCUACAUGAAUUUUCCGGUCACUGGAAUCUGGCAACUGCUUUAAAGGCAACUUCAGGAAAUGGUGCCAAGGAAAAUGAGGAUGGAGUGUCUUUUGGGGACAAUGAAAUUGCCAUUGGACACUGACAUUCCUAGAUUUGAAAGCUUGCUAUUCCAGGUACUUGUUACUUUGUCCAGUUUGAGAAUUUUUUAGUAUUUCCUAUAAUAGGUUUUCUGAAAAUUUUCUAAAAAACAUUUUUCGGAAACAGUGCGCUAAACAAGUUUUCCAUGAUUUUCGAAAAUUGAAAACAGAAAACAAAAAUGCAACCAAACAAUUGGAUUAUAAUUUUAUCUCUGUAGUUGUUCACAGCUUUUCUACUAUGAGAGAAGAGAAUCUCUGUUGGAGGGCCUUGUGAAUCGGUCCCCAUUGUUGCUCCCUGAUUGUCCUCAUGGGGUGAGGAAGAAAUUACUGAGAGGGAGAAGUGAGAAAAGGAGCUUGGUGGUUAUGGACAUGGCGAGGUAAAUUAAAGUUAUAAAUAUAUGACACUAUAUAUGCGAAUCAUCGAGUUUUCUGUUCCUCUGCAGGUGAUUUACAAGGAGAGGUGCCAUGGGAUGGAUUUAGUGGUGGACAGAGCUCAACCAGAUGACUUGCUAGUGAGAGAAGUGGACACCAUAGUCGAGCAUGGUCUUGACUUUGUUGAUGAGGGUAACUCGACAAAAGAGGAUCAAAUAAAUGGAGAAAUUGUUAUGGAGGAGGCAAAAGAGGGUCAAAUGAAUGGGGCAAUUGUUAUAGAGGAGAGUGGGAAGUCUGCAGCUAUCUAUGCUUGUGUAAAAGAACAAGUUUUCAUGUUAUUGAGUUUCUCUGUGCAAUAAAGUAUAUGCUCAGGAGAUUGAAGAUGAGAAAGCUAUUGACUAUCAUGAAUUGAUCGAUGAAGAAAAUCUUCAGUUAAAUUCUGCGACUGCUGGGAGAAUGGUAAGGAGAAAUUAUAAUAUUCAACUUUAUUGCAUAUUAGGAUAGCUGUCCAAUAACUGUUAUUCUUUUCAAAAAGCUUGUCAUUUUAUGAUAUCUAAUACAGUACACUAUUUGCUGCAUGUUCUUUUAUCUCAUGCCAUUUUUUGGUGCUAUUUUGUGUGGAGAACUUUCCUUUCACAUUCCAGGUUCAGGAAAAAUAGCAUUAAGUUCAUUGAGUAGUAGUCAAUGGCAAAUGAUAUUCUCUGUUUGCAGUUUGUUUCGCUUAGUGAAACUAUUAUAGUGGUUUUGGAGGGAAGUGCUUACAUGAUAGGAGUUGAUUGAAUGCUAAGAACUGCUUCAAAUGGUAACAAUGCGCCAAUUGUAAAAUAUGUGUGUGUGUGUGUGUUUUUCCUCUUCUUUUUUUUUUUUUUUUUUAAAUUUAGCUUUUGAAAUUGAGAUUUUGAACAUACAUGUCGAUUAAUAGUCUCUUCUUACUGAGGCUUUCAAUGUUCUAAUGUCUUUCCAUACUGUCACCAAUCUCUUUUCUUUCUUUAGUCAGAUUGGCAUAUUGAGAGCCAUUCUCUUAUUUUCUUAGUUUUCUCAUGGAUUCCGUCGGAGCCAUUAUUUCCUUCUAUCAACUGAAGUUGUAGAGUUUUGCAGAAUAUGAACUUUGGUGGCCAGAUGGGCCUAUGUAGAUUGCCAAAUUGGUUUACUGAUAAAUUAGAACAGAUAAUUAGAUUGAAAAAUACUCAGCGGUUUAGCUCUUGUUUUUGCUACUCGAACUGUUCCCCAUAUUUCAAAAGUCUGACAAUGUAUUCCUAGAAUGUUACUAUAGUAAUGUGCGACAAAUGAUGGUUGAUUGCAAGAAUCUACACCACCGACCUGUGCAUCAAACUUGGAGACAAUUUUUGGUGAGUCAAAUGAAGUUCAAAGUGAACCAGAGAUCAACAAUGAUGCAGCGCAAAGCAGAAGAUUCACGUUCAGUUUUGAACUGGUCCGCUUUUGGGAGCUGAUGACAGUGAUGAUAACAGCAGAAGCUCUAGUGAAUAUCAAACUUGCAAUGUCUCAGAUUUCUACAUUUCUGACAUGAUUGCUGCAGGCUUACCCAUUGAAGGCAACUCAAUUUAUGAUGACAUCACAGAAGCUAGUUGCUUGCUUGAUUACAAAUGUGAUGAGCCAAGUACGUUUUUUGACGUGGCUGAGGAAUACAUGAUACUGCCUUUCCUUGAGGAUACCAUGGAGGCAGGUGGCAAUCAUGAUGGCAGAACAUGUGAGGACGCCAUUAUAGAUUCAGAUGAUUCAAGCUUGUAUCUUGCAAUCCAUCAGUUGAGAUCCUGCAAUGAGGAACCUGAUGUGAAUCCCUACUCAGAUUCAGAUCAAUUAGAGUGCUUUGAUCCACACGUUUAUCAGAAAUCUACCUGACCCACCAGAUGUGGCGCCAAAUUUUCACCCCACUACAUCGCUAAAUGAAACACAGAAAAUGAAGUCCAUUACCCUAGUACUGGAUUUGGAUGAAACACUUGUCCACUCUAUGUUGGAACAUUGUGAAGAUGCAGAUUUUAGCUUUCCAGUCUUUUUCAACAUGAAAGAGCACAGAGUCUAUGUAAAACAGAGGCCUUACCUUCAAAUGUUCCUAGAGAGGGUUGCUGAGAUGUUUGAAAUUGUGUUGUUCACAGCCAGUCAAAGCAUCUAUGCAAAACAGCUUCUGGAUAUACUGGAUCCAGAUAAAAAACACUUAUCUCUCAUCGAGCUUAUCGUGAGUCAAGCAUUUUUUCAGAUGGAAGUUACACCGAGGACUCAACAAUUUUGGGUGUUGAUCUUGCAAAAAUUGCUAUAAUUGACAAUUCUCCUUAGGUAGAUUUCCUGUCCAUUGACUUUCACGUAUCCUUUGUAAAGAAUAUUUGGUUGAUAAUUGUUACAAGUUACAUAUAUAUGUAUGAUUUUGUGAAUGUGAAUGUGGA